AUUUAAUGCAAAUACCUUUACUAUACACUAUUAUGUUUAUUUCAAGCGUCUAUGUCUGGAAAUAAAUAAAAAGAUAUUUAAAAAUGAGUGCCAAUGCUAAACUCAAGACCUUAAGCGUGGCUACUUCAGUGUUAUUGAUGAUAUUAAUUCAAAGAUAUAUAAUUGGCAAUUGUUCAUCCAUAGUGGAAUGCAUUCACAUAAAAGUAGAUUUAAAUUCAAUCUUAUUCCCAUUGAUUUGCAAUACUUUUUUAUUCUUGGGUCCAAUAUACAAUCAAAUUUUGGAUAAAUUACUCCUAAAGGAAAACUUUGUAAAUAGAUUUAAUCAAAAUCAAGUUUUUGACGAUAGAAUGUUGAUAAGAAUAUUGUUGGUAUUAUACUUAGUUAAUGAGAUAGGCCCCACUUUUAGAGGAGAUUACAUUUAGGGCACUUUUUUAUUAAAAUAUAGAAGAUUAGAGUGACUUUCGUUUAAUAACUUCAAUUUUAUUUUCUCUUGCUCAUUUUCAUAAAUUCUUCUCAUUUUUCAGAAAGGAAAGAAAAUUUAGGAGUAUGUACAACAAGGAAGCAAAUAAAUUUAGAGAUUUUAAGGCAUGUUUCACCAAAGCACUUUUUACAACCUGUAAUUUCAUAGAUUAUUUUAAUAGUAUUCAUUUUAAUGUUCACAUUCAUAUUUGGAUUUUAUGCUGCAACUGUAUUUCUGAAGACUCGCUCUUUGAUAAGUGUAAUAUUGCUUCAUUCUUAUUGUAAUUAUUUGGGAUUCCCAAAACUUAAAUAGAUUUUUAGCAAUACAAAAAUAAAUAUUAUCAAAAGUAUUAAUCAAUUAUUUAAUUUGGUAGUUUUGGUCGUUUAUUUUGUUGGCAUAGUGUUCUUCUAUUAUUUUAUAACUAUGUGA